AUGACGGCAGACGUUUUGAUCAACCCAGCUUGCAUGGCCGAUGGCACCCUCAUGGCCCGGGAAUUCCAGUCCCUUCUCUCCCUCCUGCCCAAGCGCAUUGACCACAACGUUUUGGCCAUUCUCGCAUCUAUCACAGCUCAGGUCUUUGCCCACUUGUGCAGUACCAAUGCAGAACUCGCUGUUAGCUCCGGUGCCACAUUGGUCAAGCUCCUCGUCAACUUUUUUGCCCUCUCGACAGAUGGUGCUAUCCGGGCCGCAGCGCAGGCUCUCAAGAUGCAUGAAACAGAUGCCAUUGGCUCCAAGGGUGCGUUCGAAGCUGCUCUCAAGACCGCUGCCGAUGCAAUUGGUCUGCAAGCAUUUUUUACCCUUUUGCCCCUCGACGACCUCUUGUCUCCGGAACCUAAAACCACUUUCCGCAAUGUUUGGCUCCUGACCCUGGUCAAAGAGGGUAUCACCAAUGACGAGCUCCAAUUCUUUGGCCGUAUCCUUCUGCCCAUGGCUCAAAAUUUGCGCCGCAUCGAAGAAAAGGCUGUCCAACUCAAUGAACAAGUCAUUGCCAAGACAUACAACGGCCUCUACCUUCAGAUCUGGGAGCUGCUGCCCAGCAUCUGCAAUGCACCAACGGACACGCCUGCUUCCUUCCCCAAGCUGGCCAAGCUUUUGGGCGAGCGCCUGACGGAGAGUGAACCCGUUUGCGAGCUCAUCGCUUUCUCGCUGUCCCGCCUCAUCAAGACAACUGCCACUGGCUUGAUGCUGGGCAUCGCCCCUGAAGCUCUGCGUUCGACCUUCUUCAAGGGUACCGCCAAGAAAUUGCUCGAGCAAUCCGAAGCCAAUGGUGAUAGCACGCACAAGCUGAUGGAGUUGAUCCUCACCUUCGCGCCUCACAUCGCUGGGACCGAGCAAGACCUGCUUUAUCGUUUGCUCAAGCCAAUGCUCUUGGGGCAAGACGAGGUGCUUCAGAAAAAGUCAUAUCGUGGCCUCAUGCUCUUGGCCGACCGCGAGACCGACGCACAGACUGUACUGGUCAACGAGAAGACACGCCACGCGGCCUAUGACACCCUUACCAUGAUUGGUUAUCGCUUUAUUGAUGAAGCCACCCCUGAGAUGAACCUGCAGACCUACUUUACCAUGGUAGUGGCAGGUCUCGCAGGCCGCUCUCCUCAUAUGCUCAGUGCGACUGUCCUGGGUCUCUCGCGCCUUGUGUACAUGUUUUUCAAGGACCUCGAAAGCGAGUUUGCUCGGGAGGUCAUCAUUGCUUGCCUCAGCCUCCUGGAAUCACCAGCGCGAGAAGUUCAAAAGAGUGCACUGGGAUUUGCCAAGAUGCUAACGACAGUGUUGAAUGCUGAAGAUCUGCAGCAGCUGGCGCCGCAGUUGCUUGAGAGCAUUUCGCUUAUGAAAGAAGCCGACAUGAACCACCUCAAGAUGAAGAUGCGCGUGCUGUUUGAGCGAUUGAUUCGCAAGCUUGGAUUUGACCAAGUCGCAAGCUGCAUUCAGCCAUCCCAAACCAAGCUGUUGCAGUACGUCCACAAGCAAGCCCAGCGCAAGCAAAAAAGCAAGCCAAAGCGUGCUCGUGGCGAUGGAGACGACUCGGAUGAUGAUGGUGAUGAUGAUCUCGACUUCAUGCCAACGGCAGCGCCGGCCAAGGAUGACAUGGAGGAGGAUCAAUAUGAUCUCUUGUCCACGUCAGUGGGCGUCGGCACUUCUGCUCGCCAAAGCCGCAAGGGUCGGCAGCAGGAAGAAGAGGUCGAGGAGAAGGACGGCAAAUUUGUUUUCAAGGAGGACGACUCGGGUGAUGAAGCCAUGUCGGAUGACGAUGACGAUGAAGGUGCCAAAAAGGGUGGCAAGGGCAUUACUAUGGGCACUGGCAUCCACCGCGACCGCCGGCCAACAAAAGAGGCAGCCCGCAAGCCCAAGAAGUCAGCUUUGCAGUCGGAUGCCCGCCGCAAAGGCCAAGCCGUGCAGCCAUACGCCUAUGUGGCGCUGGACCAAAAAAUUCUCAACAAGCGACGGGGCAAGUCCAAGAACGGUCUGAAGGAGGUCAUGCGGAGGCGUUGAUUUUCAAUAAACCCCAAUCGAAACCUGAUGCUUC